AUGGAAAAGAAGCCUUGCUCUGCAGUUGGUGAAUGGACUUUACAACCACUUCAAUGCAAGGUGUUCCUCAUUGACACUCAACCAGAACUGGUAUCUGAUCAGUGGCGGGAGUGCUAUAUCUACAGGGUUCCCAAGCAACUCCGCAAGGUAAAUGAAGAAGCCUAUACUCCUAAGCUAGUUUCAAUAGGCCCCUUUCAUAACGGUCGAAAAGAAUUGAGCGACAUGGAAAUCCAAAAAGUCAUAUAUUGGAAGAAGUUUUGUAUUCGUGCUGGGAAGAGCCAGAAGGAUCUUACAAGCUUAAUUGAACCCAACAAAGAAAAAAUCACCCGUUGCUAUUCAGAGACCUUUGAGGUAACUGAAGCUUUUGUAGAAAUGAUUCUAUUGGAUGCUAUCUUUAUCAUUGAGCUCUUCUUGAGAUAUUCAGAAAAUCCAGAAGACAAAAACGAUUAUAUAUUAAGUAAACCAUGGCGGCGAUCUAAAAUAGUUGAGGACUUGAUGCUACUCGAGAAUCAACUUCCAUAUUAUGUUCUCAUAGAAUUAUAUGAAUCUGCCUCCAAUGAUACUCCAUUUCUUGAUCUUGCCUGUAAAUACUUGGGGCUCAAUAUUGAGAACGAGAGAGAGAAGGAUCCCUUACAUUUCGUUGAUUUGGACAGAACAUAUUACCUUCCACAGCACCUGAAACCUACCAAUAACAACAUUGGACUUCCACCAAGUGCAACAAAGCUGGAAAAGGCAGGAGUGAGAUUCAAGCCAUUUUGUGGAAGAGGUUUACUUGACAUACAAUUCAUGAAGAAUAAGUGCUUGAAAAGCUGUCCCUUCUUAAAUUGUUUCUGGUACUUAAAUUGCUUACCCUGUUUGAAAUGCUCGAAGUGCUUGAAAAGAAUACAACCUCUCUUGAAAGUCCCUCUGUUUACCGUAGACGACCAAACAGAACACAUUUUCCGAAACUUUAUGGCCUUUGAGCAAUGUCAUUACCCGUGGGAAUCUUACAUCUGCAAUUAUGUUUUGCUAUUGGGUUGUCUUCUCAACAAAGAAGAAGAUGUGGAUUUGCUUGUUGAAAAAAAGGUCAUUGUAAACGGGCUCGGCAGCAACGCUGAGGUGAUGACUCUAAUUAACAAGCUCGGCUAUGAGAUUAUGGAAGUUAAAUCUUGUUACAGUGAUCUCGCUCAACAACUUAAUGAUCACUGUGGAAACUAUUGGAACCGUAACAUGUCAUUAUUGACAACUGCGUAUUUCCCUGAUAUUUGGAGAGGCACCGCCAGUUUUGUUGGAUUGAUUGCUCUGGGUUUACUUUUUUGGAAUUUCCUUCGGGCUUUCGUCAUGAAGGUUUGA